AUGUCAGAACCUGGACCUAAUACAACAAUCGAAGGCACAAAAUCGUUGCCAUGCAUUGAACUGUCAUCUCCCAUAUUAGAUACAUCCGAUCAUUCGUUCGCAUCUUACAAAAGUUUCAACACGGUUCAUGAGCGCGAAAUCCAGAAACCUACUGAAGUACGUUCAAACGUAAAAGCUUUGAUCGACAAACAUAGGUCGUUUCAAGAAAACUUACUAAAUUCUCAAGUUAAUGAUUUCAACACCAAACAGAAAUCGUUUACCAAUGCUUGUAAAAAUGUAGGUGCAUCAGACAACGAUUGUAUACAAAUGAAAGGUGACACGAAGCAGACGGAAAACGUCGAAAAUGUUGUGAAAAAUCACGUGUAUGAUGUUUUUACUGCCCACAUAGUAAAUAAUCCAAAACCACUGCAGGUAGAAAAACACAUUGUGUCGAAAUCUAAAGACUUUGAUUUCAAAAUUGGAACGCCCGAACGUUUCUGGCAAAAUGUUGUUUCCGUGGUCAGUAUUAACAAUGCUUACUACCAAUGUUUGAAACAGCUAAUAGAUAAACAAAAAUGUAAGACUCUGGAAGACGUAAUAGUUCAUGUCGAUUCGAUGUUAAAAAUAGCAGGCGAUGAUUCUGAACUAAUCGGAUUAGAACUCGUGGCCUCAUCCAAGCAGUAUUUUGAAAAGUUCGGCAUCGUAUUGGACAGUAAACUAAAUGAAGCAUUAAAGAAGAGUUCGUUUUUAAACUACGACAGCAAGAUGAGUGCGCUUAGAAUGGAGUUGGCCGAAAAUAAGAGGCGCAUAAAGAUCGCCGAAAAUAGUAUUGCGCAACUCCAAAAGGAAAAGAAAGACUUGUUGAAUAUAUUAACCAGCUACGAUUCUGAAAACAUUCACAAAAUAUCGCUGGAAAAACGGCUUGAAGUUGAGCAACAGCAAAACAACGAAUUAAGGGAUUUAAUAAGUGAUAUUUUCAAUAAGAAAAUGCCUUUUACCUACAGCCAAUGA